CCGGUUAUCUUCCGGUUUCUCUAGAAAACCACAGCUUGCCUGGAGGAAGAUGCUGGACUUUUUCAUCUUUCACUUUUCUUUCACUGGAGUAGUUCGGAAUAUCUCUCGGAAUCUAAAACAUCCGUCAUUGGAGCGUUCGUCUAACCACUAGUGAACUAGGGGCAGGACGCUGUUUUUCAAAUCCCCUAAUACCAAAGGUUGAAAUAUAUUUUUAAAAUUUAAGUGGAGAAAACAAAGAAAAUGAAAAUGCUCCUUCAUAUUUCAUCAUUACUCUGAUUGUAUUAGCUACAUUAAAGUGAAACAGUUUUCUUCCAACUGAAAUGAGAAGAUUUUGAAAGUUUCGUUGUAGGAAAUUCAGAUUUUUUUCCUUUUCAAAUACAUUAAGUACGAGCAACCAUGAAAUUGUCUUAUGCAUUUAUUUUCUUUGCGCUUUGCACUGUCAUAGCAGUUAAGGGCCAACAAGAUCUUUCUUCGCUUGUGGAGAGUUCGAAACAAAAUGUGGAGAACAUGACUGUUCUUGAACGAUGGCAGUCAAUUGAAAAGAAUCUCAAGAGAGUAGCCAAUUCAGCGGUAAAAAUGCUUCUGCCACAUCUCAUGGAAGGUUCAGGAAGCAUGAAUAUCUCGUCUCAGUGCAUGCGAGAUACCAUGAAACUCAUCUCCGGGUUAAAGAACAUCAAACCUUGGGCAAUGAGAUUCAUUGAUUCAAGCGGAAAACUCAUGGAUGGUCUUUUGGUGGGAUCCUUGUCCGCUUUUGGUGUAUACGACGAGUGUGUCAAUACAAUAGCUGUUGGUGACAGAGGACGCGAAAAGGGCAAAGAACUUUUCCGAGGGAAAUAUUGCACUAUUAAUUUAAAACCACCCUUGCCUCCAAAGGCGAAUUUUUACAAACUGGAUGAAGUGCUGCCGGAGCUGAAAAAUUUCUCUGAAGGUGGAACGGUUAUCAGUGAAGGUGCCAAGUAUGCUCACUUCUUCCAUUUUCUGACGAUGAGAUUGGGCAUCUGCGUUCCAUCAGGUUGUACACUGGAAGAUAUCGACCAGGUGGCGAAAAUGUUGGGGAAAACAUUGACUAUCAGUGCCGAGGCUUCUAGAUGUGAAGCCAAACAAGAAAAUGAAUUUACUCCAAUCAAAAUUUUUGUCAUAUGCACUUACAGCUUUGCUGGAUUGUUAUUGCUAAUUGGAACAUUGAUUGAUAUGUAUUGCUAUUAUAAGGAUGUUGUGUACAAAAGUACUGCUAUCCGAAUUCUUUUGUCCUUUUCGAUCAUUUCGAAUUUUAAAAAGUUUUCCAACACGGAAACGUCCUCGGAAACUUUGAGCUGCUUGAAUGGUAUCCGGUUUUUAUGCAUGUCAUGGAUUGUACUUGGACAUACUUAUCUCAACGUAAAUUUUCAGAUGUUCCUUGGUUUGGAGAAAGUUAGAGAUUACGCCAAAGACUUUGCUUUCCAAGCUGUAAUUAACGCAUCUGUUGCCGUUGAUACUUUCUUUUGCAUAGGAGGCCUGUUGGUAUGUUACUUGACUGUGAAACUGGUUAAAGUAGGUGGGCAUCCUUUCAACAUUACGAUGUAUAUUUUCCACAGAUUGUGGAGGAUUGUCCCUGUCUACGUCUUUGUAAUCCUUUUCAUGUUUCUCGGGGAUCUAUUGGGAUCUGGCCCUAUAUGGUAUGACACUACACGCAGAUAUCUCAAAGCGUGUGAAGACAACUGGUGGACAAACCUCUUGUUCAUCAACAAUUUCUACAAUUCUGAGAACAUGUGUAUUCCACAAAGCUGGUACAUUUCAUCCGACUUCCAAUUAUAUAUAGCUGCGUUGCUGAUAUUAUUGCCAAUGCUAAGAUGGCCCAAAGUUGGAAUAUCUUUAAGUGUUUUUACGAUCAUUGCAUCUCUGAUUUAUUCAGGCGUUGGAACUUACGUCAAUGAAUACCCACCGACUAUGUUAUUUGCACAUCCUGAUCCCGAGCAAAGGAUUGGUUAUUGGGCUCAUUUCUACUUCAGACCAUUUGUUCAUGCAGGACCCUAUUGCAUAGGAAUACUAGCUGGAUACCUUCUAGCAACUAAACCGGAUCUCAAGAUACCAAAGACUAUACAACUUAUUGGUUGGAGUGUUGCUUUUAUUUGCAACUUCUCAGUACUAUAUGGCGUGAUAGAAUGGAAUCGCGGAGCGGAACCUACACUUUGGGGUGGAUUGCUGUAUGCCGCUCUUAACAGGACUGCUUGGACACUUGGCGUAGCCUGGAUGAUUGUUUGCUGUGCAACUGGACAUGGAGGCGUUAUAAAUUACAUCUUGUCUAUGAAGUGCUUCAUUCCUUUGGGUAGACUCACUUUCAUAGUCUAUCUCAUCCAUCCAAUAGUACAAAUUGCCGCAUGUGGAAACAUACGCACUCAGAUGCAGCCAGACCAUUUCCUUGCGGUCUGGGUAUAUUUUGGACACAUGUGCAUAACGUACGGUACAGCAUUUGCCGGAACUUUGCUGGUCGAGGCACCGAUGAUGUCGCUAGAAAAGAUAAUUUUCAAAAGGAACGAAAAAGGUUCAGAUCAACCCACCUUAGUAAAAAAUAGAAGCAUUUUGAAAGGAUCACUCAAAACUGAAAAGAACGGCGACAUAGCAACCAUCGUCCAUAACGACUCAGACGAGUCCUUGGGGAUCGAAAAUGCAGCUGUCGUUUACAAACUCUAAUUGAACUGUAAUAAAGCAUCAGCUGUAAUUAGAUGAAUUCAGCAGCUGCAACAUUGACUAAACCCAAAUUUCUGAGAAUUAACAAACCAGCUGUUUGUUAUGGGUUAUAACUAUGUGGUUAAGAAACAACUCAGUGGUUGGAAUUUCAGUGGUUGGAAUACAAACCAAUACAAAGAUUUUCAUAUUUACCAUUUAUGAAAUGUAAUCACUCUUAUGAACAGCAUUUUGAAUUCUAAUUAAUUCGAUCUUACGAACUGCUCUUAACUAAUGUCAAAGUAAUGUGCCUAUCAUGUAGACGUAUUUGACAUUAUUAUGUAUUAUAUAAUUAGUCUUAUGAACUACAUUUUAAAUUUGUAUUCAGUUCAGUCUGAUGAAUUGAUAGUUAUUUUUGUUCAUGAAAUUCUUGACAUGGCAUCCACUGCUAAGAAUGGAUUAUCGGCGUCUACUUAUAUUUAAAUCAUAAAGUUACUUUUUUUUCGCUCGACAGCAAUCGCUGCCAAAAAUCAUGGCGAGAAAUGUCAUCUCUCAACGCUGCCAAAUCUAAGUAUCUCACAUUUAACAACGGUAGACUGUUAUAUAUUCGCACAAUUGGCUGUUGUUCAAUUAGUAGAGAAAAACGGAUGUUUCUAAUAUUGUCAAAACGUUUGAGAGUGGAUAUUUAUGGUAAACACAUCCACACGUACAUUUGCUGCAUUAGUCCGUUCAGACUAAUGACAGGUAAAACGUUAAUUAUUUGUUUUUAAUUUAUGUUUUGUGUAGUGAUUUUCAUAAGAAAAGCAUUUCAUGUAAUUUUCAUUAACAUCAAUGUUUGAUUAAAUUAUAUAUAUGUACAUUCAGAACAAAUAAAAAUGCAAACGUU